CCGAGGGCGCGCUUUCCAGCACCGGCAUUCUCUCCAAAAGCCGGAUCGAACCUUGGAAACGAACGCGGAACAUCGUUUUACGAAUGCUCCCUUACGCUCUUUUCUUCCAGCGCUGUCCGGCCGAGAGAUCAAUAAAUUCAUUCAUUCAUUUUCUUGCCUUCCUUCCUUCCAUCCAUCCACCCAGCAGCCUGGCUUGGGAAGCACCUCCUUCCUGGGCUCUCCUAGAUCCCGAGAGAGCUUCUUUGAUCCACUGUGAUUAGGCUAACUUAAACCCUCUCAAGAUUCCAGCUACUGCGCUUCCAUUCAUCUGCUUCACUUUUACACCGUGGGGAGGUCGCCUACUUCUGCAAGGCGCGCCCUUUCUGAGUGAAAAAUUGAGUUCUAUUCUAUUCCGAUUCUGAUGUGUACCUGUGGUGGAAGUGGCAUAGUCUAAUGACUAAGAAUUUUGCCACCCCUUUGCAACUAUCUUUCAUUAAUAUUGGGAUCUGCUGUUUUUGUUAUUGAGUCUUGCAAACCACCCAGAGUCAACUUGUGGAUUUAGGAAUGUAGUUUGCAAACAUAUUGAAUAAUGAAAGGAAGUUCUUGUCAGUGUUUUGGAUUAUAGGUUUCUGCUCAUUUUCAUUCUUAGCCUGGAAACUGAAGAUACUUCCCAUAGAAUCCAGUCAUGGAGGGGAGAAAUUACUCAUCCUUGAAGAGAACUGAAGGGGGCUCUCCUUCCCAUUCUGCUCCCAUCAGUGAAAGUGGUUUUGUAGAUUCAGAAGAGCCUUUGGAUUUGUUUGGACAAGCAGCAAGAACCAGGCAGAACAUUCUGGAAGAAGCAGCCACCCACUGCUUUGUCCACUGUUGCCCUUUCAGAGAGCUAUGUUAUAAGAAAGUUGAGGGACUCCGAGAAGUAUGCAGCCGACUCCACCAUUUUUAUGGUCAAUGGCUGAGGGAAGAGGACCGCAUGAAAGCUCAGAGGCUGGACUUGGUGGCCCUGCAACAGUCCCUGGGCAUUCUGCCCCCAGAGAUGGAGGGUUGGGUCUGUAAGUGUAGAGCAGAGACCAGCUCCCAGGCAAUGACCCUGACUGAAGACUUGUCCCAGAGUGACGUGGAGCAGACAUUACAGAGAAAGCAACAGGUUCAUAAGCCUUUCAUGGAGGUGACCACCCAACCUCCUAAAGCACCAGAGAAUGUGUCACAUCUCCUUCAAGAUCCGGUCUUAGAGGGGAUCUCCCAGGAAGACCCAUCUCAGAAGAUACAAUCAGCUAAAAGAAGGUUCCUUUCGAUGUAUUGGAGUCCUUGGGAGCAUCUAAUAUCUGAACACUUUUUAUUCAUAAAUUUCUUUUACACUAAUACUGUAUGCAGAUUGCCCUUUGGACAUGGUUUUUCUCCAGCUCUUUUAAAACAUGUUUAAAAUUGUUUCCUCUGCCUUUAUUCCUCUCAGAAAAUGAAACAGUUAGUUAGUUAG